AUGGCCUGCAACUCUUUAAACCACGACCCUCAAGACAGCUACGGCCCGGGGACGGUUGUUGAUACGGACUUCCUACCACUUCCAGCGGAAUGCCGUAGGCUAUUACGCAUCUUCGCCGCGAGAACGCCUGGAUUUACGAAAGAUAACACUCUCCUCGAUGGAGUAGUGUUCCAUGGCGACGAUCUGCCGUGUAUCCCAGGACCCAUCAAGUCUCAAGCUGUUACCGCAGUUCUGCAUGCUAUGGUCGGAAUUGUUGGUCUAGAGAUCCUUCACCUGCGUGGUAUCAGCACCAGUACCGUUACCCUCGUCGACAUCAACCACGCAGGGUUAUACCCAGCUACUGCAGCGCUGGUCAACAUCGAUGGACACACAGGCCCAAGUGUCAUCAACCUGCCAACCGUGCCUCAAUGGGAUAAGGACCGCGCUUCUAAUUCACCGCUCGUGUACCGUGCGACGGCCAUAUAUGAGACAGCCGAUAAAGGCGUCUGGUUCCAGCUUCACGGCUCGCUCGAUUCGUGGAAGACUCUGGCCCUCCUUGGCAUAGGCAAGGAUCUCGAUGCCGAGAUCCGCACCAACGACACCGCGUAUGCGCUUAUCCAGGACCGCGUGCGCAAAUACCGUGCACGCGAAAUUGAGCAGCUCAUGGUUGCGAAGGGUUUCUCGGGCUCCAUCGUGUUUUCACCCGAGGGGUGGCUUCAGACUGAGAUGGGUCGGUCUCUUGCCCGACACCCGCUCAUCAACUAUCGGCAGCAGACACAAUGUCCCAUCCUUGAGCCUCCACUUUUCUCAAAAGUCGAUGACAAGCGACCCCUAGCUGGGAUCAAGGUUGUCGAAUUGGUCCGCAUUAUAGCUGGGACGGCCGCCGGCGCUGCCCUUGCCUCAAUGGGUGCCGAGGUCAUCCGGGUCAACUCGUCGAAACUCAAGGACUAUACUCCGGCGCAACCUUCCUCACUAAUGGCGGGCAAGAUAGCCAUCGACUUAGACUUAGAGGACCCCGCCGACCAUAAAAGGCUGACCCGUCUCUUUGAGCAAGCCGAUGUCAUCCUACAGGGCUACCGGCUGCGCUCCCUCGAGCGCCGUGGUUUCGGGUUGCAAGCUGCACUUGAGAUGGCAAACAAGCGGGGAAAAGGCAUCAUCUACGUGGACGAGAACUGCUAUGGGCCAGAUGGAUACUAUGCAGAGCGACCGGGUUGGCAGCAAGUCGCGGACGCAGCAGCCGGUUCUUCAUACGUCAUGGGCCAGUCGUUCGGUUGCCCGCCAGGUCAAGGUGUGCUGCCCAGCUUGCCUAUAUCGGACAUGUCAACGGGCAUCUUGAUGGCUCUCACCGUCAUGUGCGCCAUUCGAGACCGUGCCAAGUUCGGUGGCUCGUACCAUGGUCAUGCCUCUCUUACGGCAUAUAACAUGGCUACAUUAGACCCAGAUGUGCGGUUGUAUCAACGACAGGUCGUUCAGAUGAUCAAUGACAAGUAUCGAUUUCCGGUGUGGUCCAGCGACGCACAUGUGGCGCCCCUGUACUAUUCCAUCUUGGACGCGUGGGACAAAAACAGCGAUCUAAUCCAAGACGAAAAGUACUAUGUGCAUUUCUCGGAUUCAGAAUUUGGCACCGACCUGCGAGUCCUGGCGCCAGUUGUGAAAUAUGCUAAACAGGAGUGCUCCCCUAGGUGGGAUAGCCCACCUGUGUCUUUCUGUCACCAUCAGUUCCGAGACUUUUCAGAAAUCUAA